AUGAAGUUCACUGCCCUCUUCACCCUGGGCCUGGCCACCUCGGCCAUCGCCACCCCUUCCCUCGUCCAGCGUGACGGCAAGGAAGUCCAAAGCCUGAUCAAGGACAUCUCCGCCAAGACCGAGGCCCUCGACUCGGCCAUCUCCAGCUACAACGGCGGCGACGCCUCCAAGGUCCAGUCCGCCUCGGAGGAGCUCAUCUCCGUGACCACCAAGGGCACCGAGACCGUCAAGGCCGGCGACGACCUGACCAGCAGCGACGCCCUGGGCCUGACCUCCCCCAUCCAGGACCUGACCGACAAGAUCGAGACCGCCGUCGACAACCUCAUCAGCAAGAAGUCCAAGUUCGAGGCCGCCGGCGCCGCCGGUGAGAUCAAGGCCGCCCUGUCCGAGCAGUUCGACGCCGCCAAGGGCCUCGCCGAGGCCCUCUCCGCCAAGGUCCCCGAGGCCCUGAGCGACAUCGCCGACGAGCUCUCCGCCGGCAUCACCAAGGCCCUCCAGAAGGGUGUGGACGCCUACAAGGACGCCAAGGACGGCGGCAACGGCGGCGGCGACAAGCCCGAGCCCACCGAGAAGCCCGAGCCCACCGGCGGCAACGGCGGUGACGACAAGCCCGAGCCCACCGGUGGCAACGGCGGCAGCACCACCUCCGCCCCCGUCAUCCCCGGCCCCACUGCCGCCCCGACUGCUUCCUCCUCCGGCGUGCCCGCCCCCACCGGCUCGGCCGCUCCCCCCGUCUUCACCGGCGCUGCCAGCCGCGCCGGCUUCUCCUUCGGUGGUGCCGCCGUCGCCGCUGCCAUCGCCAUCGCUAUCUAA